GCCAGAAAUCAGAGCAUCGCAGGCGGCUGCCCCGUCUUUCCUCCCUCCUGCCUCUGCGCGCCGCCGAGAUGGACGCCUCAACUGCGGGCAACAAGGAGCGGGAGGCCAUGCAGCUCCUGGCCGAGGCCGAGAAGCGGGUCAAAUCCUCCCAUUCUUUCCUCCGGGGGUUCUUCGGAGGAAAUUCAAAGCUAGAAGAAGCGUGUGAAAUGUACAUAAGAGCUGCAAAUAUGUUCAAGAUAGCCAAAAACUGGACUGCUGCAGGGAAUGCAUUUUGUCAGGCAGCAAAGCUCCACAUGCAGUUGCAGAGUAAACACGAUUCAGCCACCUGUUUCGUUGACGCGGGAAACGCUUACAAAAAGGCAGAUCCUCAAGGCCGUCGCCCACUAUGAACAAUCUGCAGACUAUUACAAAGGGGAAGAAUCUAACAGCUCUGCCAACAAGUGUCUGCUGAAGGUAGCUAUUUAUGCUGCCCAGUUGGAGCAAUAUCCGAAAGCAGUUGAAAUUUUUGAACAGAUUGCUACAAGUACAAUGGAUAAUCCAUUGCUCAAGCACAGCGCAAAGGACUACUUCUUUAAAGCAGCUUUAUGUCACUUUAUUGUCGACGAGUUGAACGCGAAG